UGAGCUCACACUCACAUGAGCGCUGAUAUUUCACUGAUUCCUCCUCUCAGUCGACCCCUGUCCUCUCUCCGAGCAGAUCUGCGUGUUUAUAUCCUGCGCGUUUUCCUGCGCUGUGGAAAACAGUGUGAGCUGAAACGCGGUUCUCUUCGCUUUUUGACCCUGCUGUGUGCCCGUAUGUCCGAGCUGGAGGGCUGUGGAGCUCAGGGAGGAGGUGGGGGUCCUGACUGGAUCAUGAUCGAACCCCCCGAGCCAUAUGAACCAGUUCAGCACCACUGGUUCUACAACCAGAAGACGGAUGGCAGGCACUGCUGGCAGCCCUUCAGCAAACAGGACUCUGAGAGGAUCGAGGAGGCCUACGCUCACGCGGGUGAGAGUGAAGGUGAGGUGAUCGUAGCUACAGAAGGUCGGCGGUAUGACGUGUGCUUGAAGGAGAGGCGGCGUUAUGCCGUUUAUUGGGAUCAGACAUCCUCGGAGGUCCGGCGCUGCUCCUGGUUCCAUAAAGGCAGUAAAGAGAUGAGCUACACUCCCCACACCGAGGACAUCAGUGACCUGCUGGAGGAUGCCUACAUGAUUGCUUUGACCCUGGAGGAAUGGAAAAGGACUCUGGAGCUGCCCACAGGGGAAACGGUCAUCCUCCACAACCCAAAGCUGAUGACUCAGCACCCAAACUUCUGCAGAGAUUUCCCUCCAUCACCUGGAGAGCGCACACAGGCCAGGACUCUGAAGAGAGGAAUAGAGAAUAUUCCAGUGGAAAUCCCUCAGGGAGAGCCAGACUCCGUGGAUCAUCUGGUGUUUAUGGUACACGGGAUUGGGCCAGCAUGUGACCUGCGUCUGAGAGGCAUCGUCCAGUGUGUGAAUGAGUUCCGCAGUGCGUCUCUCACGCUCAUCAGCAGCCAUUUUAGCUCCACUGUGGAUCAGGAAUCCAUCGGCCGGGUGGAGUUUCUGCCCGUCAACUGGCACAGAGUGUUACACGGAGAAACCACAGGAGUGGACAGAGAUAUUGAGCGGAUCACUCUGCCCAGCAUCAGCCGCCUAAGACAGUUCUGCAACGACACGGUGUUGGAUCUGUUCUUCUACAACAGCGCCACCUACUGCCAGACCAUAGUGGACACAGUGGCAUCCGAGAUCAACCGCCUGUACAGUAUUUUUCUGCUCAGACACCCGCACUUUUCAGGAGCCAUGUCUGUGGUCGGACACAGUCUGGGCUCAUUAAUCCUUUUUGACCUCCUGACCAAUCAGAAGACAGGAUCAGAAUGCUCAGAGCCAGAGGAGGCAGCAGAGCAUAAUGAAGACUUCAGCUCUCUCCCUGACUUGGAGUGCAAUUCCUUUACAAGCCUGGAGAAGGUGCUGAAGAAUGCAGGGCUGGAGGAACAUCUGAGAGUGCUGCAGAAAGAACAAGUGGACCUGGAGGCUCUGCUGCUGUGCUCUGAGAGAGAUCUGAAAGAGCUGGGAAUCCCCCUGGGCCCCCGCAAGAAGAUUCUCAACUAUGUGAAGAAAUUGAAGCUCCAUGCUCCAGCAGCCCAAACCGGAAAACAUUCUCAGAAGUCUUCCAGACUGCAGAGUCUGAUCCAGGAUAGCCCGCCCACCACCAGCGCAGUGGACUACCAGCACUUUGACGUUGGCAUUGGACAGGUGUCAAUCGAUUACCCUCAGCUGGCCUUCCACCCUCAGGCUUUCUUCGCCAUUGGGUCACCAAUAGGAAUGUUCCUGACAGUCAGAGGGCUGAAGAGAAUUGACCCAAACUACAGCUUUCCCACCUGCAGAAGCUUCUACAACAUCUUCCAUCCUUUUGACCCGGUGGCGUACCGGAUUGAGCCCAUGAUUCUACCUCCAGACAUGGAUGUCCCACCCAUGCUGAUGCCCCACCAUAAGGGGAGGAAGAGAAUGCAUCUGGAGCUGAAAGAGGGUCUAACUCGGGUGGGUUCGGACCUGCUGGGCUCGUUAAGGACCGUGUGGCAGAGUUUCUCUCAGCUGCCCGCUCCUGCGCUGGCUGAAGGGGGCGCUACAGUUGCAUCAGCCCAACUGACUGAGGACAUGGAAACGUCUCCGGUGGAGGAGGAGGAGAGUAAGGAGGUGCAUGUGGGGAGGCUGAAUGAUGGUCGGCGGAUCGAUUAUGUCCUCCAGGAGAAACCCAUCGAGAGCUUUAAUGAGUACCUGUUCGCCAUCCAGAGUCACCUGUGCUACUGGGAGUCUGAAGACACGGCUCUGCUGGUUCUGAAGGAGAUCUAUGGGAACGGUCCACACAGAUCAUCUCCUCAGCAGUAACGAAUUCAACCUAGAGUGUGUAUGUGUAAUGACAAAAUGGUGUUGCACUGCCAAAACCACCUGUGCUUGCUCGUGCUUCAUAUUCAUGUUUAUAUGUGUAGCCUCUGACCCCAGCAAUACUGAGGUCCCAGUCCAGGACUAGGUGCCCACGACCAGUCGCACAAAAUUAUUGCAUUAAUUGCCAGCGAUAUGGAUCCAGAUUCGAGUACCUCUUUUUUUUAUGCCAUGUCCACAGCAAGGCCAGUAAUCUGCUCCAGGUUUUCUUCUCAGCCAGCAAGCUACUGGAAAAGAUACCUUCUUAAAAUGAUAGUUCAGCUAAUAUUAUAGACACACGUUCUGACAAAACCGGUUUCAAGACUGCUGCUCCUGUUUUGAGCUAUAUGACAUACUUUUGUCUUCAUUUUAUUGAUGACUGUAUUAUACAGUCUCAAAACCCACAUCAAGUCAGUAACACUUUACUGAGGCAUGCAUAAAGCUACAAGACACCCUCAUUAACCUAUGUAAUAUUUAUAAAGGCUCAUACUAACUAGCCUCACUUUCAUAAAACUUUCCUAGAUGAAAUGACCUCAAAAGUGAUUAUGACCGCAUAAUUAAAUCGCUUAGAUGUAAACAGAGUGAUUCAGAGCAGGCGACUGUGAAUUUGAGUUUUAGUUGAACUAUCACUUUAAGAGUGACAUUAGAGCAGAAUCUCCUGCCCAAUUUGGGGAGCAUAUGCACUGCACAUGUUUGCAUUUUUCCUGCUCUGGUAAAUCUGACUCAGGUGUGAUACUUACCUGGCCAGGUGAGUCAGGUGAGUUAGAGCAGGUGGCAGUCUGGGGUUCCUCCUGUCAGUGUUCUCAAGAAGACCCGUGUUCUACUAUAGAUCCCUUACUCUGCCCUACUGUGUGGCCUGAAACUCGUUUUUGUGUGUGAACAAAUAUUUAUUGUCUCUUUAACCACUGUUUUCUAACUUUUCCAUGAAUAUAAUGAAGGAUUCAUCACGCUGUAUAGACAUCUGUGAUGUUUUAUAUUAAAAUAUUUAACCUACA